AUGUCCGGUCGCGGAAAAGGAGGAAAGGGCCUUGGCAAAGGUGGUGCUAAGCGCCAUCGUAAAGUUCUUCGUGACAAUAUCCAGGGUAUAACAAAGCCUGCCAUUCGCCGCUUAGCUCGUCGAGGUGGAGUAAAAGGAAUUUCUGGCCCGAUAUACGAAGAAACUCGCGGAGUGCUUAAGGUUUUUCUGGAGAAUGUGAUUCGAGAUGCCGUUACUUACACAAAACACGCAAAAAGGAAAACCGUCACUGCUAUGGAUGUCGUCUAUGCGUUAAAACGGCAAGGGUCCGCCCUUGAUGGCCUCAGACACACACCGGGGUAUCUGUAUGGCUUGAGUUUGCCAGUCAAGCCACUCAUCUAG